GGGGUGGAACCUGGGACGUCGGCUGCUGUUCAUUAUUGCUGCUUUGUUGGUUAUUUUCUAAAGUAUUUUAAAGAUACUUGCCCGUUUCGUUUACGCUGGCUUCUACCCACAUUCGGAACUAGCUUAGGACACCGUGCCCUUCUUUUAAUUGUUUUUAAUCGAGUGUAGUCUCGCCUUUUUGACGUUUGGUUGACACGGUUGCUGGUGACAGUUGUUGAGGUUAAUGUAAAUACAUCAAAAGACUCUUCGACCUGGUUUUAAUGGCUGAAGAAAUGCCGACUGUUCGAGUUGAGAGCUCGUGGGACGGCGGCGUCCAGAAGUCUCUGCAAGAUGCAGUGGCACUGACUCAUUUGUCUUCUCACAAGAGAAAUGAAGAUGGUUCCUUGACUGAUAUGGUCCAGCCUGACACGUGCAUUCUACUUACCCGGCCUUGUGAAGAGAAUGGCAACCAAGAGACGACUUCCCAGUCCUGUUCCAUUUCCCUGCGUCUGGAUCCAUCUUCUCCGUUUGCCAUUGCCAGCCUUGUUAUCGUCUGUGAAGCAAGAAUGGUUGAGAUUUAUGGUGCCCACAAUGAAUACUUGAUGACAGCAUCAGCAGAGCUCAUUGACGAAGUGGGUGAUAUGGCUGUUUAUUGUGCACAAGUGGACCUGACCCAGCUUACUCAGGAAUGUACACUGAAGUUUGCCAGGUUGAAGAAACCAUCUGAAAUGUGGUUGUAUGGUAUUAAAGUAAUCUGGUCCAGAUACAAUAGUAGCAGUUUAACAAGCCAGACGGUAGGAGUUAAUUUUGAUUCAGUUGAACAGAGGCUGAGACAGUCUCAAACGCAACUUUCAGGACGAGCAGAACGCUGUAAGCAGUUUCUAAAGAUGUAUUCCUCCCUCAACGAAGAAAAGAAGUCUUUGCAGGGCUUUCCUGACCCCAUGUCUCUCCUGUCACUCAUACCAGCUAUGACACGACAGUGUGGUUCUCAAAAAAAUUAUUUUGCUUUACGUGUAGAAAGCCCAAGUGAUGUUCCAAGUACCAGUGCUUUAUCUAGUGAUAAAGAAGCAAAAGAUUCUUCAGGUUCCAUUUGUAGUGGAUGCUCUGAUAAAAUUGAAAGUAUGUUAGAAAAGAAACUCUCCUCUAUGGAGAAUAGGAUUAUGGGAGCUUUAGAUGUGAAACUUGCUGCAAUGCAAGAGCACCAAGACAGGCAGAUCCAGAGUCUUUUCAAUCUCUUGGAAAGAACAGUAUCAGGUGGUGUCAAAUUUAAACCUAAGAUCUACAGUGAGACUGCAGAUCAACAUUUCCCAGACAGAGAGUCAGCAAUGGAGCAUUCUAUUAAGAAGAUUCUAGAUGAGAAAGUUAACUUACUCAACAAAGAGGCCGUUUUUAGAAGAAAUACUUGUGAAGGUAAUACAGAUAACAUCCUAAGGAAUGCCUUCAUGGCUUUGAAGCUAAAUGAAAUGUAUACAGGAGCCUCUCACAGUGAUAUGGACAGUACUAGUGCCACAACAGUUGUUCAAAAAGGCUCUUGAUGUUUGUAUUCUUCGAAAUUGAGGAAAAUAAGCCUGUCACAUGAUCUGCCAAAGAAAUUUUAGCAUAUGUAAAUCUGAGAGGACCCCAAACAUCAGAGGCACAAUACUCUGGCUAACUUAAAUCUCUCCAGGGACCAAUCAGUUUGUGCACUGUUAAACCAUUGGAUGAACUAUGUGAUGUGAUUUACUUGUUGUUCAAACUGCAUAACAUAUAAAUGUCUAUUUUAUGAAGUUGUUUUGCUGUAAUCUAGGUGUCAGAUUAAAUGUCUAUACAAUGGUUAA